GGUUUGGGUGUCUCCUAAUUGAGAAGAGUCAAAAUACUGAUUGCAAGUGAAUCCUCCUUAGUCAGUCUGUUGGAUGUUUCUGAGAACAUAAGAAGUCAUGGCAGAAAACGAUGCAAUGCCAACCUUACCAAAAAAGUGUGGCCCCUACAUUUCGUCUGUAACCAGUCGUGGCAUGAAUUUGGUAAUUCGUGGUAUAGUGCUGUUUUUUAUUGGCGUAUUUCUUGCGUUAGUGUUAAACUUGCUUCAGAUCCAGAGAAACGUUACUCUCUUCCCCCCUGAUGUGAUCACAAGCAUCUUCUCCUCAGCUUGGUGGGUCCCACCUUGCUGUGGGACAGCGUCAGCUGUGAUUGGGUUAUUGUACCCCUGCAUGGACAGACAUCUGGGAGAGCCACAUAAAUUUAAGAGAGAAUGGUCCAGUGUGAUGCGAUGUGUAGCAGUCUUUGUGGGAAUAAAUCAUGCCAGCGCUAAGGUGGAUUUUGCCAACAAUAUCCAGUUGUCUCUCACAUUAGCAGCCUUGUCAAUUGGACUGUGGUGGACGUUUGAUCGAUCACGAAGUGGCUUUGGUCUUGGAGUGGGAAUUGCUUUCCUGGCCACAUUGGUGUCACAACUUCUGGUCUACAAUGGAGUUUAUCAAUACACGUCUCCGGAUUUCCUUUAUGUUCGCUCCUGGUUGCCGUGUAUAUUUUUUGCUGGUGGAAUAACUAUGGGCAAUAUCGGCAGGCAGCUGGCAAUGUAUGAAUGCAAAGUCAUUGCAGAGAAGUCUCACGAGGACUGAGGAGAAACAGUGUGCACCUUUUAAACAGGAAAAUAUCUGACAAAUGACUGUUGGAGGAGCAUAAGGAACACUUGACUAUGAAAUUGCCAAAAUGCAAUUUUUUUUUCCCUUGAGUGGUAUACUUUACUGCAAUCUGUGAUUGCUGCUUCUAUAGAAACCUUGAUGUCUGAUUUUGAUUACUGUGAAGUCACAAUAGUAUGCAAUACCUUUGACAAUACUGGUUCAAUUAUAGGAUUCUUUUUUCCAAAUCUAAUCUUGUCUGUCCAUAACGUUGCAGUGCCAAACCGAACCUUUGCACUACGUUUCUGCAGCUGAAACUUCUGCUUCACUUUACUUUGAAAGUUUUGAGGAAUUUGUUCUUAAUAGCUCAGUGAAAGACAGGGAAUUCAGAUUUAGGAAUGAAGAUCAUCUCUUUCCUUGAUGAUAGCCCGUAAUAUCUUUAUGAAUUCAUGGAUUACAGGUGAGGUUUGAUGCAAUAAGUAACUGACUUCUGCCUAUUAA